AUGGCUUCUGUUGUCUGGGGGAGCACAUCCUGGUGGGGGCCUCCUCCCCCAGCCCCAGCCAGGCCUCUGACAGACAUCGACUUCUGUUCUGGGGCGCAGCUGCAGGAGCUAACACAGCUGAUCCAGGAACUAGGGGUGCAGGAGAGCUGGAGCCAGGGCCCCACAGCGGGCCCAGACCUCCUCCAGGCCAAAGACUUCGUCUUCUCUCUGCUAGGUCUGGUUCACCGCAGGGACCCUCGCUUUCCCCCCCAGACGGAGCUCCUGCUGCUUCGCGGUGGGAUCCGCGAGGGCUCCCUGGAUCUGGGGCCUGCACCCCUGGGUCCCUAUGCCAGGGGCCCGCACUACGACGCGGGCUUUACCCUUCUGGUGCCCGUGUUCUCGCUCGAGGGCUCCAGGCCGGAGCUGCAACUGGAUGCUCAAUCGUCUAAGGCCUGGCUCAGUCUCCCGGAGCUGGUGGACGGGACAGCAGUCAGGGGGACAUGGCAAGAUUGUCUCGGACUCCCGGUGCCAGGGGAAGGCGGUUCAGUUCCCAGAAGCCAAAGCCAGGAGAGUUCUAGGGGUGUGCAAGGCUCCCAGAAACAGCCGCAUGAUGACAUCACUGAGUCAGGCCCACAAGUGUCUUUGGCACAACCUCCUGGGAACGUCGAAGGACCAGAGUCCACUCAGCCGGCUGCAAAGGAGCCUGGUUCUGUCGAUGCCUUGCAAACACAGCGUGCUGAUGUCACGGAGCUGGCCCACUGUGGCUCUGCCCCACAGCCAGAAUCUGAGAGCGAGAGCCGGGAGGCCUGGCCCACCCUGUGUGCUGCCCAGGUCGCCGCCUGGUUCUUUGCCUCGCUCGCCACUGUCGCCCAGGCUCUGUCCCCGGUGCCAGGGGCCCCUCGCCUGGUCCACGCAGCCCGCCACGCAGGGGUCACCACCAUCCUGCUAGCCACUUCAGGCCCCCCACGUCGUCUGCUGCUCUUUGACUUGAUCCCGGUGGUGUCAGUGGCCGGCUGGCCCGAGGGGGCCCGGAGCCACUCGUGGGCCGGCCCACUGGCUUCAGAGCCGUCCUUCUACCUGGUGCCAGGUUGCCACUCGGCCUCCGCCUGGCACCUCUGCUUUGCCCGCCAGGAGCUGGCACUCAAGGCCCGUGUCCCGGCCCCGCUCCUGCAAGCUCACGCGGCUGCCCAGGCCCUGCUGCGCCCACUGGUGGCUGGCACCCGGGUCCCCGCACCCUACCUGCUGCGGACACUACAAUACUGGGCAUGUGAACGGCUGCCUGCACUCUACCUGGCCCGGCCUGCCAAUGCAGCCGCCUGCUGCCUCGGGCUACUUGACGAGCUGGGCCGAGUGCUCGAGACUGGGGCGCUGCCCCACUACUUUCUGGGCGGUUGCAAGCUCCUGGCUGGACAGGAGGCCGCCACUCUGCUGACCGCACUGGCCCAGCUCCGUGGGGACCCGGCCCGGGCCCUGCGAGGUGCCCUGGAGGAGGCCAAGGCUGCGCGCAAGGGGGGUGGCUUGGCUGGCAUGCGAGGAGGCGCUCAUUAA